AUGCAUUCUCUUUACCACAUUUGUAUUCAACGUCUUGCACAACUUGCCGACCAAGAUCUUGACCUAUCCAACAUCCCCUUUGACCCCUACCUCGACGAUCUCCUACGUGCAGCAUUCCAGACGCGUAAUGUACGACUCAUUCAAAGUGCAUUGGAACGUAUUGGUUUACCCCAUGGCAGCCAUCUUCGCAACGAAAAGCAUCGACAUGUAGCCUCCGUAUGCCUUGAUCCUGGUUAUCGUUGGUACAACCAAUCGACAGUAUUGAAGACUAUUGAGACUCGAUUUCCCCAUGGCCUUUGCAGCUUGAACCUAUCACAUAGCGAUACUAUUACCGACGACCACAUGUUUAGCUUGAAACAAUGUGUCAACUUGCAAGUGCUCGACCUAUCUUACACGGCUAUCACAGACGCGGGAAUCGCGACAUUGGCGCGUAUCACCAAACUCAAUGAACCGCAUUUGGGAUUGAAGCACCUGGAGCUAUUAGGGAUAGCAGGCAACAAUCUCUCCGAUCGAGUAUUGAAGCACUUGGGAGCCAUUCAACCCUUACAGGGGAUGGACUUGUCAUACACAACCGCUAUCAAUGCAGACAUUGCAACAUCGUAUUUGGCAAGGUCGGGAUAUGCAGUGCUGCCAAAGAGGAUCCAUCAGCUGAUCGGUUGGGAUGGCAAUGAUCAAGAUAACGACAGCAGCUGCAGUUGUCAAUGCAAGAUACCCAUUCAUAAGAGCGAGUUGACAAAAUUGAUGCAAGCGACCAUGUACCCCGCAAGAGCACCGGAUAUGAAAACAAGGAGAGAGGGUAAUAAUAGCGGGACAUCUCGUCUAUGUCUUUUCCGACAACAACAACCUCAACAACAUGAUCCAUGCAAGAGGAAUGCAACAAGUGAGAUGACAACAAAACAUGGUACAACAACAUCUCAACCUGCGAAAAAGAAACAGCGACGUGAACAAAGUUUAGAAGAUUAUUUGCUUGUAAUAGAACAGGAAAUAGGGUCGUUUUGA